GAAUUAGGAGGGGGUUAGGAGGUCAGUUAGGUGCGUGGACAGAAGAGGAGAUCUUGUUUUGUUUAACGUCAGUCGUCAAUCGUAAUACGUCAACGUGUUCGCAAUUCGGAUUUCGGAUGAUCAUCUGAGGGUGAAAACGUGAUUUAUGUUUGCGUUGCAUUUUGUUGAUUAAAUCGAUUGCAGUUUCUUGGUGUCAUCCUUAACCUUGCCUGUGAGAAUUUACAAGUAGUACCUAAUUUGUUUCUCUUUCAAGUUUUAUUCCAAUCCGUAUCUAGUCGUGGUUUUGUGGUCAAGUGAAGUGUCGUUUUCGCCAGCAUCCAUAAUGGGCAGCGAAUGUUGUGAAGUAGUAGGCGUAAUGGAGUCACAUGGCAGUGAUUUUACUGUCGCCGAGGGCGAAAUCUGCGUGUUGAACUUACCAACGGCGCAAUCUAUCACAGAUAGGCCUACAUCUGAUUCAACGUUAUACGAUGUAUUUAAAAAUAUGGUUCAAGAUGCUGAGAACUUGGUUGUAUUACUUACGUUCUGGAAACCUGAAGAAAGCGAAGAGAUUCGAGCCGUUGCUCUGCAGUUUCCAAUUCUAUUCCGGUUCAAAUCCAGGAGCGCAAAUUUAUGUUUGGAAAAAUAUGUACCGGACAAAUAUCCACGUUGUUUCAAAUCGGUUUUUAAUUACUUGCAAAUACGUUCCAAGUUGACAGUGGUCAACGAGUAUACUCUGAUGAAUGCGAUGGCGGAACUGCAUGGAGUUACUCUUGCCACUUUAUGGAAUAAAUCCGAAGAUGAUAUUCGUGCCUUACAAGUACCAGAGUCUCGAGCGUUUUUACAGUCAAAUAAUCGACGUGACUCGGAAUCCGAUGAACCUUUUCGAAUAUUAGAAGAAGAUUUUAAAGAAAAGUUGAGCCAAAUAGAGGACGAGAAAGUUCAAAUCGAAUUACCAUUAUUGAAGCGGAAAAGCAUUAUGCUGGGCGAAAUGAAAUAUCACGAAUAUGGCAUGAAAUAUCACGAAUUCGCCAAGAACAUUCUUUCUACGACAAUUUCGAAGCAUCCGGAACCAGAUUUGAGUCCACAAAAAAUCGAAGAAAUAGUUGACCAAUCGAAGCAUUUGAAAAUUGUACUCUCAAAAAAUUCUCUAGAUCUUGUUUCUAAAACUAAAAAUACAACUCGUAGUCGUACAAGCAAAAAUUCUCCAGAUCUUGUUUCUAAAACUGAAAAUAGUACCACUCGUAGUCGUACAAGCAAAGGGCAAUUCAAGAAAGGUUUGCGAGAGCGGUCGGAUUUGGAUUUGAAAAUAAAAGAAGAACUCACAACUUUAAUAUCUGUGAAUCCAUUUGUUUGGAAAAACACUAACGAGAUCCUUCGGCCUCCAAUUUUCUGUACUAAUCGACCUCUUGGAGAGAGGUAUAAUUUAUUGACGAAACAAUACGGAAGUGGAACCAUAACGAACAUAAAUUAUCAAAAUAAAACUUACAAAAUCGAAAUCGAUAGUCGUUUUGUAGUUUGGAAUUGUCGGAGAGAACCAAAACCAAAGCAACUGAUGGAACCGUAUGAUAAAGCAUCAUUAAAAAAAUACUUGCAAAAUCCGGAUUCUAGUACGCCUCCUUCAUUACGCCACAACGGUGCGUUUUUAAUUCCUUUCUUUUAUGGUCUGUUUCUGAGUUACGUAUGUAGAAGGCCAUGUUGCGGUAAAGUAUGGAGAUCGCGAUCAACACGUGACCUGCAUGAAAGAGGAAAAGGUGAUACAGAUUGUCAUUUUAGUUACGCUGGUGUUCUCGAUGACUGGGAUAAAUUAGAGAAAAAAUCAUCUUCGGCUCCGAUGGUUGAGAACAGACAUUUUCCUAAAUUCUACGACUUCGAAACAUCUUUUGAAAAAAUCAUUUUCAAUUCAGACGAUGACAGUGACGAAGCUCCUAGAAAAAUUGCGAAGAAAAAACCUAUCAACCGCUCUUAGUAUUUUAAUGGCACCCUUGCUUAAGUAUGUGAUUGUGUUCCGGUGCAUUUUUUAAGUAUAAGAUAUCGUUUUUAAAAAUUUUAUUUUCAAUUGAAAAAAAUAUGUAAAAUGAUAUUUUCUUGAUUCGAAAAUUUUUAAAACUAAAUACUUCAUCUUAAUUGCGUUGCCCGUUCGGCUGUCUCUUAAUUUAGUGCAUUUGUAUACUUACUUUUGUGAAAUAAUAUUUCGAUAGUUUUAUAAUACAUAUAUUGUACCUAUUGGUUUUGAUGUUUAAACAGAAAUUCUAUCUGAACGAAAUCAGAUCGAAAGACCUGAUUUCACUUCUGGUUCCAGUUUAUAGAAUGGAUUUGAAGGGAAUCUGUCCGAAUCUGAUGAUGUUAAUAGAGUUGCAUACUUAGUUCGCCGUAAGUAGGUACGCGUAAUGUUUACUUGUUCAAAU